AUGGACACAUCCACGGUCGCCGCGCUCCUGUCCUUGCCUGUCCUGCUGCAGCUGGCGACCGAGGCCGGCUCGCCGAGGCCGGGCGCGCUCCUUCGGGGGUGCCCCGCGCGCUGUCAGUGCGAGCCCGAUGGCAGGAUGCUGCUCAAGGUGGACUGCUCGGACCUGGGGCUCUCGGAGCUGCCCUCCAACCUCAGUGUCUUCACCUCCUACCUAGACCUCAGUAUGAACAACAUCAGUCAGCUGCCCCCGAAUCCCCAGCACAGCCUCCGCUUCCUAGAGGAGUUACGACUUGCCGGAAACGCUUUGACAUACAUACCCAAGGGAGCAUUUACUGGCCUUUACAGUCUUAAAGUUCUUAUGCUGCAGAAUAAUCACCUAACGCAGGUCCCCACAGAAGCUCUACAGAAUUUGCGAAGCCUUCAAUCCCUGCGUCUGGACGCCAACCACAUCAGCUAUGUCCCUCCAAGCUGCUUCAACGGCCUGCGCUCCCUGCGGCACCUGUGGCUGGAUGACAACGCCCUGACAGAAGUCCCCGUCCAGGCUUUCAGAAGUUUAUCAGCUCUUCAGGCCAUGACCUUGGCCCUGAACAAAAUACACCACAUACCAGAUGAUGCCUUUGGAAACCUCUCCAGCUUGGUAGUUCUGCAUCUCCAUAACAAUAGAAUCCACUCCCUGGGAAAGAAAUGCUUUGAUGGGCUCCACAGCCUAGAGACUUUAGAUUUAAAUUAUAAUAAUCUUGAUGAAUUCCCCACUGCAAUCAGGACACUUUCCAACCUUAAAGAACUAGGAUUUCAUAACAAUAAAAUCAAGUCAAUACCUGAGAAAGCAUUUGUAGGCAACCCUUCUCUUAUUACAAUACAUUUCUAUGACAACCCCAUUCAGCUUGUUGGAAGAUCCGCUUUUCAACAUUUACCUGAACUAAGAACACUGACUUUGAAUGGUGCCUCACAAAUCACUGAAUUUCCUGAUUUAACUGGAACUGCGAGCCUGGAGAGUCUGACUUUAACUAGAGCACAGAUCUCAUCUCUUCCUCAAACCGUCUGCGAUCAGUUACCUAAUCUCCAAGUGCUAGAUCUGUCUUACAACCUGCUAGAAGAUUUACCCAGUUUUUCAGUCUGUCAAAAGCUUCAGAAAAUAGACCUCCAUCAUAAUGCAGUCUAUGAAAUUAAAGUUGACACUUUCCAGCAUUUGCUUAGCCUCCGAUCUCUGAAUCUAGCUUGGAACAAACUUGCCAUUAUUCACCCCAGUGCAUUUUCUACUUUGCCAUCUCUAAGAAAGCUGGACCUCUCGUCCAACUGCCUGUCGUCUUUUCCUGUAACUGGGUUACAUGGUUUAACUCACUUAAAAUUAACAGGAAAUUAUGCUUUACAGAGCUUGAUAUCAUCUGAAAACUUCCCAGAACUCAAGGUUAUAGAAAUGCCUUAUGCAUAUCAGUGCUGUGCAUUUGGGGUGUGUGAGAAUGUUUAUAAAACUCCUAAUCAGAGGGAUAAAGGUGACAACAGCAGUACAGAUGACCUGCAUAAGAAAGAUGCUGGAAUGUUUCAAGUUCAAGAUGAGCGUGAUCUUGAAGAUUUCCUGCUUGACUUUGAGGAAGACCUGAAAGCCCUUCAUUCGGUGCAGUGCUCACCUUCACCAGGCCCCUUCAAACUCUGCGAAUACCUGUUUGGUAGCUGGCUGAUCCGGAUUGGAGUGUGGACCGUCGCUGUCCUGGCACUCACCUGCAAUGCAUUGGUGACCUCAACGGUGUUCAGAGCUCCUCUGUACAUUUCCUCCAUAAAACUGUUGAUUGGGCUGAUAGCCGCAGUGAACAUGCUCAUGGGGGUCUGCAGCGCCGUGCUGGCUGGCGUGGACGCCUUCACAUUCGGCAGCUUUGCCCGGCACGGUGCGUGGUGGGAGCAGGGGGCUGGUUGCCAAGCCGUUGGUUUUUUGUCCAUUUUUGCUUCAGAAUCAUCUGUGUUCCUGCUUACUCUGGCAGCCCUGGAGCGUGGGUUCUCUGUGAAGUGCUCUGCAAAAUUGGAAACGAAAAAUGGUUUUUCCAGUCUGAAAGCAGUCGUUUUGCUCUGCACGCUGCUGGCUCUGACCGUCGCCGCGGUGCCCCUGCUGGGCGGCCGUGAGUUCAGCGCCUCCCCGCUCUGCCUGCCGCUGCCCUUUGGCGAGCCCAGCACCACGGGCUACAUGGUUGCUCUUGUCCUGCUCAAUUCCCUUUGCUUCCUCGUGAUGACCAUUGCCUACACCAAGCUCUACUGCAAUUUGGAAAAGGGAGACCUGGAGAACAUCUGGGACUGUUCUAUGGUAAAGCACAUCGCUCUGUUGCUCUUCACCAACUGUAUCCUCUACUGCCCUGUGGCUUUCUUGUCCUUCUCCUCUUUACUAAAUCUCACAUUUAUCAGUCCUGAAGUAAUUAAGUUUAUUCUUCUGGUGAUUGUCCCCCUUCCUGCCUGUCUCAAUCCCCUUCUCUACAUCCUAUUCAAUCCCCAUUUUAAGGAGGAUUUGGGCAGCCUGGGAAAGCAAACCCACUUCUGGACAAGAUCAAAACCCCCAAGCCUGCUGUCUAUUAACUCUGAUGAUGUCGAGAAACAGUCCUGUGACUCAACCCAAGCCUUAGUAACCUUCACCAGUGCCAGCAUAGCCUACGACCUGCCUUCCAAUCCAGUGUCACCACCCGCUUAUCCAGUGACCGAAAACUGCCAUCUUUCCUCUGUGGCAUUUGUCCCAUGUCUCUAAUUAAUAUGUGAGAGAAAAAGCUUUCAAAAAUUGGAAACCCAAAAAUGUGAGAUUGAGCCCAUCAGAGCAGUAACCAAAAAGAGCUGAAUUGAAGCUGGAUUCCUUAAAAAAAAAUAAUGAAAAGUUGAAAACCUAUUGAUACUGUAGAGUGAAAAAUAAGUCUAAAUGCUGCUUGUAUAAUUUGUUCAGAUAAAAGAGAGAUUAGCCACAGUAUUUAGGGAAGCCUAUAUUUUUUAAAAAGCAGGUCGAAAUGUUCCAAAAAGAUUCUCCAUGAUUUCAAGUGGAUUCUUUUAAGCUCACCACUCUGUGGAUUUCAGCUGAGAGGUGGAGGGUGUCUGUUUGCUUAUGAAAUGGGGUUUAAACCCAAAAACCCCUAAAAGGUGUUGGGAGUUAUUAGGAAGAUAAGGGUUUUAGGUGGUCUACAUGACUUAAUAAUGGUUGUGACAAAUAGAUUUUCAUUUUAAUAACCAUGUGGAGAUGUUUUAGUCCUACUUUGCCUUUCCUCAGAAAGGAUCCUUCCAGGUCCCCAAUCCCCCCAUGAAUGGGUAAUGUAAGGCAUUAUCAAUUCACUCUAUUCACAUCAUUGGUAGACAUGCUGAAUUUUAUGUAUCAGCAUUAGAGGGUUACACUCUCAGUGGAACAAAACUGCUUACAAAUAUUUUGAAAGGAAAAUGAACUUAAAUUCUUAAAUUGCCACGAAGGCAAUCAUCUACAGGCGGGGUUUGCUGUGUCUAAUUCAUUUUUAACUCCUCGGUGUCCAGACUCAAGAGAAGUCUAUUGCCAGCAAUGGACAUACCAGAAAAGAUGGUAAGCAACCUGGGAUUUUUUUUUUCUGAGUACACGUCUUUCACAGAAGAUUUUAUCAGUUGAUUGGAAUUGAGGUGCACCUUAAGGUAAUGAUCAAAAACAGACACAACAUAAAUUAAACCCACUGACAUGACUUCUCACAUUCUAGCAACAAUGUCUGAAACCACUCUGGACUCAACAGACUUGGUAAUAUACUAUCCUGUUUAUUUAGCUUGGUUUUAGCUGCAUUGUCUUCAGAUCAACCCAAGUCAGGAACAUGAUUUCUCUGCUUAACCCAUAUCUAAUACAUGUGUUAGGUAUUUUAAGAGGCAAAAUUAUUAAAUACUAAAGGUCAAAGAAUUAAUUUUUAAUUUCCAUUAUACUACAUUAGCUUUAAUACAUCCAAACCAAAAGACUGUUAGAUUUAUUUUUAUAUAAGCAUGUUUAUUUUCAUCAGAUGUUUUAACUUAGAAUCAAAAAAAUACAUUUAUGAGAUGUUUUAUAAGAUGUGUAAAUAUAGAACUGUAUUUAUUACUACAGUAAAGAUUCAAUAACACUAAGGACCAUGAUAAUAAACCAUGUACAGUGGCAUAUUCUUCCAUGUAUAUUGUGUUUCUCUGCCCAUUUUCUUUAAAUUCAUUAACUGUAUAUAAUAUAUGUGAAUGUAUAGUACUUGUAAAUAGAUUCCAAACUUGCUUUUCUAUUGAAUACAAAAAUAAAAGAAAUUUGUAAUAAAAUGUGUGACUAUAAAACAAGAUAUUUUCAAGGUUUUUAUUGAGCUCAUAGGCAAAUAACAUGGUCUCCUAAAAGUUUUUGAUGUUUGAUAUCUAGGUACAUUUACUAUCAGAGUAUGUGCACUUCAGUAUUUUGUGUAUUUUGGACUUACCUUAAGAAAUAAAUCUCUCACAAAAACAAAUCAAAA